AUGAUUCAAUCAACCCUUAUCUAUCGUGAUGAUGGCCUCCCACUUUGUGCCUCAGUAGAUGAUGAUGCCACUGGUUUACUAUCAGAACAAAAGAAAAAAAUCAAGAUGGUGGUUUCUCGAAUGACCCCGCAAAGUGCCACUGAAGCAACGCUAGAGAGCGGUAACUAUGAGAUUCAUUACAUAAAGCCAUCAACAGUUAUUUAUUUCGUGAUAUGUGAAAAGGGAUAUCCACGCAAUCUGGCAUUUUCAUAUUUACAGGAUGUCGCACAGGAAUUUCAACAUUCAUAUGAAAGUGAAAGUGCAAAGCCAAAUGUGAGGCCGUAUGCCUUUGUUAGUUUUGAUAACUUUCUUCAAAAGACCAAAAAGUCGUACAGUGACAAAAAAGUUCAAGACAAUUUGGACAAAUUAAAUCAAGAAUUGGUGGGCGUGAAGCAGAUCAUGUCGAAAAAUAUUGAAGAUUUACUUUACAGAGGUGAUUCCUUGGAUAAGAUGAGUGAUCUGAGCGCUUCAUUAAAAGCCAGCUCAAAGAAAUACAAAAACUCUGCUCAACGGAUAAACCUUGAACUACUCAUCAGUCAAUAUGCACCCAUAGCAUUGGUAGCACUGUUCUUCGUUUUUAUAAUUUGGUGGAUAUUCCUCAGAGGAUGA